UUCCGAGGGCACUGCCCCGGCAAGUUGGAGGCGCGAGGGCCCGCGGGUCCCAGGGCGGCCCCAGUAGCCCUAGCGCAAGUGACCUGGACGCCGCUGCCUCCUGCCCGCACCAUGACCCAGCCCGUGCCACGGCUCUCUGUGCCCGCCGCGCUGGCCCUGGGCUCGGUCGCGCUGGGCGCUGCCUUCGCCAGCGGCCUCUUCCUGGGGAGACGGUUCCCUCCAUGGCGAUCCCGGCGAGAGAAGCGCCUGCUGCCCCCUGAGGACAGCCCCCUGUGGCAGUAUCUGCUGAGCCGCUCCAUGCGGGAGCACCCGGCGCUGCGGAGCCUGCGGCUGCAGCUGACCCUGGAGCAGCCGCAGGGGGAUUCCAUGAUGACCUGUGAGCAGGCCCAGCUCUUGGCCAACCUGGCUCGCCUCAUCAAGGCUAAGAAGGCGCUGGACCUGGGCACUUUCACAGGCUACUCAGCCCUAGCGUUGGCUCUGGCGCUGCCCCCGGCCGGGCGCGUGGUGACCUGCGAGGUGGACGCAGGGCCCCCGGAGCUGGGACGUCCCCUGUGGAGGCAGGCCGAGGAGGAGCACAAGAUCGAACUUCGGUUGAAACCCGCCCUGGAGACCCUGGACGAGCUCCUGGCCGCGGGCGAGGCCGGCACCUUCGACGUGGCCGUGGUGGAUGCGGACAAGGAGAACUGCACCGCCUACUACGAGCGGUGCCUGCAGCUGCUGCGACCCGGAGGCGUCCUCGCUGUGCUCAGUGUCCUGUGGCGUGGAGAGGUGUUGCAGCCUAAACCGCAGGACGAGGCGGCCCAGUGUGUGCGAAACCUGAAUGAGCGCAUUCUGCGGGACGCUAGGGUCCACAUCAGCCUCCUGCCCCUGGGCGACGGCCUCACCUUAGCCUUCAAGAUCUAGGGCUGGCCCCUAGCGAGUGGCCUCAAGGGAGGGGCCCUGGGACCCCCAGCCAUCAACACCGAGUUUUAAAUCUGACAAUAAAGUGAGGCCUGGGACACGA